AUGAGCGAAGUCGAGAAGGCUGCCACCAGCCAUGCAGACCUGCCUCAAAAGGCCCAGUUCGAGCACGAUGAGCUGUACCAGGCCUACGCAGCCAAGAGCGACGAAUGGCACAAGCAGAUGACCCGCCGGCUGAUGCGCAAGGUGGAUUUGCAUCUCCUGCCCCUGCUCGUCGCCAUGUACCUGCUCAACUUCCUGGAUCGAAACAACCUCUCGCAGGCCCGCCUCGGAACCCUGGAACAGGAUCUCGGCAUGUCAGGCACAGACUUCAACCUCGCGACCAGCAUUCUCUUCGUCGGAUACCUACUCAUGCAGCUGCCGUCGAACCUGCUCCUCACUCGUGUCCGCCCGUCGCUAUUCCUGGGUAUCGCGAUGGGCAUCUGGGGCGUCAUCUCCGCUUGCCAGGCGGCCUCGCAGUCGUUUUCCGGUCUAGUUGUCGCGCGCUUCUUCCUGGGUUUCGUGGAGGCACCUUUCUUCCCGGGCGCUGUCAUGUUGAUGUCGAGCUGGUAUACCCGCCAGGAACUGAGCUACCGUAUCGCCUGGUUCUACGCAGGAAGCUCCCUCGCAAACGCCUUUGGUGGGCUCAUUGGUGCGGGCGUCUUGGGGAAUCUGCAUAUGUCUCAUGGUAUCGCUGGCUGGCGAUGGCUGUUUAUCAUCGAGGGAUGCAUCACCGUCGCCUUGUCGCUGCUCAUCCCAAUCCUCCUCCCCAACUACCCAGCCACAACCAGCUGGCUCGAAGACGAAGAAAAAGCCUACGCCCAAUGGCGCCUCAUCAACGACGCCGGCGAAGCAGACGACACCAGCGCCUCCUCGAUAAAGGAAGCCCUCUACGCCGUCUUCACCGACAGGCGCAUCUACCUCUUUAUCCUCCUCCAGCAUGCGUCUCUCCUCUCGCAGACAUUCCAGUACUUCUUCCCGUCCAUCGUGCAGACACUGGAAUACGGCAACAUCGAGACCCUCCUCAUCACGGCCCCUGUUUGGAUCGCGACCUUCCUUGUCUCGCUUGUUGUUACCUGGACGUCUGGGAAGACGAACGAUCGUAGUAUCCAUAUUAUCUGUCUGAUGGCUGUUAGUAUCGUCGGGUGUAUCAUCUGCACUGCAUCGACGAACAUCGGUGCCCGGUUCCUAGGGAUGUUCAUGAUGCCCAUGGGCGCCGUCUCCGCAUACCAAAUCAUAGUCGCCUGGGUCGCAAACUCGUUCCCACGCCCACUCGUCAAACGCUCUGCCGCAAUCGCCACGGCAAACAUGAUCGGUAACACGGCCAGUAUCUACGGCUCUUAUAUGUGGCCGUCUUCGUCGGGCCCGCGGUAUGUCCCUGGCGGUAGUGCGACGGCAGCGGUGGCGCUGCUGGUUGCGGGGAUGGCGUAUGUGAUUCGGGUUGUGCAUGCUAGGAUGAAUAGGGAGUUGGUAAGGAGGGAGGAGGAGGUUGAUGGGAGUGAAUUGGAGGCACCCAGGGGAUUUAGGUAUAUUCUUUAG